AUGAAUCAUUCGGGAUCUGAUUCAUCAAUGGCUACAACGACCGUGACAUCGACAAGAAAUAGUGUUACUCCAAUAAAUAUUCCUAUUCCACCAAAACAAAAGGAACAAAAUGAUGUUCCAAAUAAUACUAACAGCCAGAUAGGGAAUAAUAAUUAUGAAAAUCACACCAAUCAACCAUUGUCAUACUCAAGUUCACAUAAUAUAGGUACAAACAUUACCACUGAUAAAACUCUAAGUAGUUACCAAUCCUCAUUCUCACCGUCACGAGUGCAUGAAUAUGGAACCAAUAACAAUAGUGUCAUAGAAGACUCAAGUAAUUCAUUCAUCACUGGAACGAGUAUCAGAAAUAAUACAAUAUCUUCAUCCUUUACAGAUAAUUCAUACACUGCUUCCGAUACUUCGCCCAAAUUACCGAAUGGGUCUUAUACAAGCAAUCAUACAUUCGGUUCACCAUCUAACGCUUUCAAUAAUAUUCGACCUUCUCAUAACAAUAAUAUUACUAAUAAUAUCGACAGUAUAGACAGUAACAAUACUAGUACUACUACGCAUAAUAACAUCAACAAAAAUUUAUCUUCGAAAAUACCAAAUGCUAAUACUCCUUAUAACGGCAAUCACAUAAAUGGAUCAAGUUUGAAUCGAGAACAAUAUAUUGAUGCCGUAAAGGCGAAGAAUAAUAUAGCAACUGCAGAUAAUAAUACAGAUAUCAAAGAAAGAACACCUCAAGCACCUACAUUAGAUCAAGAUCAAGUAGUUACUGACAAAGCUAACCAUAGAAAUAACAAGAAUAGCAAAAUAUUGGAAAAAAGUCAAUCGAAUGAUAAGACAAAUAAUGAUAGUACGAUAAAUGAAGUAAAUAGUUAUCAUAUGCCUGAUUCAUUCAAUAUAGCAGAAUUUUCCACAGAUAAUUUACUGGAAAUGUUGACUGCCUUAUUAGAUAAAAUUGUAAAAUCAAAUGACAAAUUAAAUACGUCACAAUCACCUACGUCACCUCCACCGCUUAAUUCAAAUUCUGAAAACAAUAAUAAAAACGCAUAUUAUAAUUCAAUAUUAGCAUUCAAAGGGAAACAUGUACCACAAAUAACAUUACAUCAAUAUUUCCAAAGAAUUCAAAAAUACUGUCCCACAACCAACGAUGUAUUUUUAUCAUUAUUAGUUUAUUUUGAUAGAAUAUCCAAACGUUGUAACAGUACUCCAACAACUAACUCAAUAAAUGAUAAUAAUUCACAAAUGUUCGUUAUGGAUUCAUAUAAUAUUCAUCGAUUAAUAAUUGCAGGAAUCACGGUAUGCACGAAAUUCUUCAGUGAUUUCUUUUAUAGUAAUUCAAGAUAUGCAAGAGUCGGUGGGAUAUCAUUACAAGAAUUAAAUCAUUUAGAAUUACAAUUUUUGAUCUUGUGCGAUUUCGAAUUGAUGAUCCCUAUUGAAGAAUUACAAAGAUAUGCUGAUCUAUUAUGUCGGUUCUGGAACAGUCAUCAUCCGGCUUCUAUUCCACCACCAUUAUAUACACAUAGUUGA